UCCAUGAUUCGAAUCAAAACAGUUUAAUCCUUAAAAAAGAAAAGAAAAGUCGUUAAAGGUUUAAAUAUUUCCUUCCAUAAUUGAGUAAAUUGCUUCAAAGAACCUGAAAUGAAUGCCCCACCUGCUUUCGAGUCAUUUCUAUUGUUCGAAGGAGAAAAAAAAAUCACUAUAGAGAAAGAUACUAAAGUUCCAAAUGCUGCAAUUUUUACUGUUAAUAAAGAAGAUCAUACUCUUGGCAACAUGAUUAAAAAUCAACUUUUAAAGGACCCCAAUGUAUUGUUUGCUGGCUAUAAAAAUCCUCAUCCUUUAGAGUAUAAAUUUCUUCUUAGAGUGCAAACUGUCAUGGAAUACUCUCCUCAAGAAGCUUUCACGAAUGCUAUCACUGAUUUGAUUAGUGAACUUUCCCUCUUGGAAGAAAGAUUCAAGGAGGCUGUGAGAGAGAAACAAGAGGGAAUAGAUUAGAUUUAGUUCGCCUUUUCUACUGUAAAGAACAUUGUAUUAUAUUAUCAUCAUUUUGUGAAUAAAACCUUUGUUUAAAA